GGCGAAAAUUGAGAACCCGAUCGAUCGAUUUUGAUGCUGUGAGAUUUUUAUCGGCCGGUGUGUUGGAAGACUAGUUCAGGCAAUCAUGACGCGAUUCAACGCUUGUAUAGAUUUACACAACGGCCAAGUCAAGCAGAUCGUUGGUGGAUCCUUGACAGAUACCGAUCCAGAUUCACUGCGUACUAAUUUUGUGUCAAAAGAAUCCCCCGCAUACUACGGGCAACUGUACAAGAAGCACAAUAUAACCAGAGCACAUGUGAUAAAGCUCGGACCUAACAACGAUGCUGCUGCAAUAGAAGCACUUGCUUCAUGGCCAGGCGGUUUACAGGUCGGAGGAGGAAUCUCUGUAGAGAAUGCGCAGGAAUGGAUUGAUUUGGGUGCAAAUAAGGUCAUCAUUACCAGUUAUCUCUUCCCCGAUGCUAAAUUUUCACUGGACCGCUUGAAGCGAUUAUCUGAAACUGUUGGAAAAGAAAAACUUGUGGUCGAUGUGAGACGGAAGGAUAACAAGUGGAUAGUGGCCAUGAACAAGUGGCAAACUAUGACAGACAUGGAAGUGAACAAAGAAACAUUGGAUAUGCUAUCACAAUAUUGCAGUGAAUUUCUAGUACACGCUGCCGAUGUGGAGGGUUUGUGCAAAGGGAUAGACCAAGAGCUUGUUCGCAAGCUGGGUGAAUGGGUCACGAUUCCAACAACCUAUGCAGGUGGGGGUAACAACAUCAGCGAUCUUGAAUUAGUUGAUCGUUUGAGCAACGGCAAAGUAGACCUUACAUUCGGAAGUGCUUUAGACAUUUUCGGUGGCUCCAGUGUCAAGUUUGAUGACUGCGUAGAGUGGAAUUCUAAGCAUUAACGAGAACUGACAAAAUGUUCACCCCAUGCUAUUAUUCAUCAGUUCGGACUUUGCAGUUAUAUCUUCGACGCAUUGUCGUUCAAAUGAACGCGUUAUAGACAACCCCCCCCCUUACCAUCUGGCCCAUCCAGCCUACUCCAUAUUCUUCGCUACCAGAGUGGAAUACAGUUUUCAAUCAU